AUGGCUCUAGUACUAGGAGCCUUGGGGUACUUUGAGAUCAUAUUAGCAUUUUUUUGCUUUAUCUAUUUGUGGGCUUUAAGGAAUGAUAAAGGGCUUCCAUGGAACUGGCCGAUCAUUGGAAUGCUGCCGAAUCUUAUCCUGUAUGCAAAUUGGCUUCAUGACAAUUGCACUAAAGUUGCAAGACUAGCUGGAGGAACUUUCCUGUUUAAAGGUCCGUGGUUCUUCAACAUGGAUACGCUGCUCACUGUUGAUCCUGCUAAUAUUCACCACAUCAUGAGUGGAAAUUUUCCGAAUUUCCCCAAAGGGCCUAAGUUCAAGGAGAUGUUUGAUGUUUUGGGAGAUGGUAUUUUCAAUGCAGACAUGGAUUUGUGGAAAAGCCAAAGAAAAACUACUAGGUUUUUGAUUAAUCAUCAUAGGUUUCAUCAGUUUUUGGUGAAAACUAGUCGUGAUAAGGUUGAAAAAGGGCUUAUUCCAGUUCUUGAUCAUCUAUGCAAAACAGGCCAAGUGUUGGACCUGCAAGAUUUGUUCCAGAGAUUCACAUUUGAUACAACAUGCAAAUUAGUCACAGGUUAUGAUCCUGGCUGCGUGUCAAUCAAUUUUCCAGAUGUUCCGUUUGCAAGAGCCUUGGAUAGAGCUGAAGAAGCGAUAGUUGCAAGGCAUAUUCAGCCUGAAAGCACAUGGAAGUUACAAAGAUUGCUAAAUAUUGGAGAAGAGAAGAAGUACAGUGAAGCUUGGAAAACUUUAGAUCGUGUUAUCGGUGAGUACAUCUCGAAGAAAAGAGAAGAACUAAGCAGCAAGUCUUCGUCAAAAUCAAGAACUGAUGAUCAAGAUGGCAUUGAUUUGUUAACAUCAUACAUUACUGAAGCAAAAACCAUGGAAUUGCCAAGUCAUGAUGAUACUUUCCUAAGAGAUACCAUAUUGAAUCUCAUGAUCGCGGGGCGAGAUACAACCAGCUCAGCUCUCACUUGGUUUUUCUGGCUUCUUUCACAGAAUCCCAUCGUUGAAACGAAGAUCAGGGAAGAAUUAAGGUCAAUUACACCCCCGGUUGAUACUGAAAAAUACCAACUUUUCAAGGUUCAAGACUUGAACAAGUUGGUGUAUCUGCAUGGAGCAUUGUGUGAAUCACUGAGGCUUUAUCCACCAGUUCCAUUCCAGCAUAAGGAGCCCCUUGAACCAGACAUCCUUCCAACAGGCCACCAAGUCUACCCAAAGAUGAAGAUUAUGUUUUCUUUGUAUGCAAUGGGAAGAAUGGCAUCGAUCUGGGGGAAAGAUUGCAUGGAAAUGAAGCCCGAGAGGUGGAUAUCGGAUCGUGGAACGAUUAAGCAUGAGCCAUCAUACAAGUUCUUGGCUUUCAAUGCUGGCCCUAGGACUUGCCUUGGAAAAGAAGUGGCUUUCACACAGCUAAAGGCAGUUGCUGCAACUAUAAUCCACAAUUACCAUGUUCGAGUGGUUAAAGGGCAAAAAAUUGUCCCUAACAUUUCUGUCAUUCUCUAUAUUAAGCAAGGCUUGAAGGUCAAGGUUAGCAAAAGGUGGGAUCAAGAACAUGGAAAUUAAGCUUAAUUUCGUCUAUUCUAGCUUCCAAAUCCUCCUGGGUUCUGUUGUGAUUCUCAGUCCUGUGUCAUAUAAUCCGAAUAUUUACCCUAUGUAACCUAUAUAAUAUGUUAAUUGUGUUGAAUUAUAGUCCCCG